AUGCCUCGAAAGUGCCCUCAAAGCUCAUGCUCUAGUGCUAUUCAGCCAACAACAAUGGAAACAACUCUAUCGGCUGAGAAGACGAAAGAACGCGAACUGGGCGCCGUAUGCAAAUACCGUAUUCGAAAGAAGAACCCGUUCCCAGCGACCAUUUGGGAUGGAGAAGAGACGAACUAUUGCUUCAAGGUGAACAAUUCCCAGUUAAAUCGAAAUCACGUAAUGUUCUUCCGAGAUGCAUAUAAAAAGCAGGCUUAUCCAUCAGUAGAAGACAAAAAACGACUGGCAGCUCAAACGGAACUCACCGUCACACAGGUUUCCAACUGGUUCAAGAACAAACGACAACGUGAACGAGCUGCUGGCACGUUGGAGAAGUGA